AUGACCCAAUUGAGGGUCGUCCGCUGGCUAAGGCAUCACUCUAAAAGGAAAUUGUUCUCUCUGCGAUCCCUAGUUCAUCCUUGGAUAACUAAUGUGGUGGGAAAUGGAAAAAAUACAUUUUUGUGGUUGGACAACUGGCAUCCACUUGGCCCUCUUUUUGCUAGGUUUGGAUCCAGAGUUGUCUAUAAUUUGGGCAGGAACCUUCAUGCCAAAGUUGAUACCAUAAUUGUACAUCACUCUUGGCAAUGCCCAAGAGGUAGAAAUGCUGUGACUAGGGACAUUAGGAGGGCCACCCCUGCUACUUUUGUUCCCCAUCCAUCUCAGGAGGACACAGUUAUUUGGAACCUCGCAUCUGAUAGGAAGUUCUCUGUUAAGUCAGCUUGGAAUGCAAUUAGAAGGCAGCAUUCUAAAGUUAGCUGGUUCAAAAUUAUUUGGUUUAAGCACCAUGUUCCUUGA